CAUGUCUGUGAUCUGUGUUUUUCUGCAACGGAAACAAAGCAACUGAAGGACCGUCCUCUGUGACUGGUGAUUCCAGCAUUUAUGCCAGGGGUUGUACAUACACCUAAAGCUGUUGUGGGCCUUGGAUUUGACACAGAACUGAUGUGAACUUUGUUAUGUGUAUGUAUUGCCAGAUGUUGUCUUUGAAUUGUUUGGGGUGCUCUUUGAGGCGCUUUGAAGUCUCAUUAAAAGCUCAGAGCAGAACAAAGUUUGUCGCAGGUUCCUAGUAAAUUCAGUCAGUGGGCUGUCGUGGCCUUGGUAGAGUUGAGCGAUUCAGGUAAGAACCAGCUGGACGUUACCGUCUUUGUUUCACGGACUGAGUAGUGUCAGAGGUUUGAUGAGCGUCUGUCUAGAGGCAAGUGACAAGCUUCAGGUUUGAGUCACAGACCGGCACAGAUCUGCUCUGGAUUCUAAACUCUAGUGUUCUGGAGGCAUUGAAAACAGAGACCGAACGUUGGGCUGUCAAAAACUCUACCAGGGAAGAGGAUGUGAAACUUACUAACCAGUGUAUGUUAUGCAUAUGCAGUAUACAGAGGGGAAAGGCUUCAUCUGCCACUUUAUUGUCGAAGGUUCCUGAGUCCAUUCAGCCAGUGGGAGAAUACGUUCACUGGCCCGGUUGUUUAAUGCUGACCUGGGACUCACAUGACACAUGAGUGGUUUAGGUGAGAAUUGGUGCCAAAGGUCCGUCUUAUUCUUAUUCUUAUUCUAUUUCUUAUUAUUAUUUUAUUGUGUUUGCAUUGUGUUUUGUCUUUAAAUUUUUUUCUCAUAUACUCUACUAAUUUCCCAUCUAAAAGUAAUGAAAAAUAUAGUUCAUAGGCUUCAUUUAUAUUUUUCAAAUUUUGUUGCCAAUUUACAUCAACAUGACACUCAAGCAUGAAUCUUCCCUUGCAUGACAUCGGUUAAAAAUAUUUGAUAUUAAUAUUGUGAUUUUCCUUUUCCUUUUAUUUUAAAUCACAGGAGAUGUCUGAGCAAUUGUGAGGGACAUUAUGUUUAUGAUUCUGACCUUUGAUGCACGUUUGUAGGAUGAUGUUUGUGUCCUUGUUGCACCACUACUUUAAAGUCACAUGAGAACAGCUCCCACUGAAACACGUUUUUCAAACUUCAGUCGGUGACUGGCAGAAUUGAUGGUUCCCUGACAGAAAAGGUCAGACGAAAUGGUUUAAAAAAAAAAUCAGCAUUAUCACUGAAGUCUCUUUUUUUCUUUGGUCACAUAUAUUUUUUUUAUGUGCCUCACAUUUUCACCUUUGACUUUGUCAUUCUUAGGGUGUAAUAGUACACUAUUAGUUUAGUAUUGUCUUUUUUGUCUUCUCCAACAAGUGUGUUACUCCUACAUGAAUCAUUACUGAAGAUCACAAAACUGCUGCUUCAGAAUGUUAAGUGGAAUUUUAAACACUGCCCUGAAGGUCAACUAAACCCUCUUCGGCACCAAAUCUUUUCUGCUGAAGCCACGCAUUACUUGAGGUCCUAUCUCCAAACACCAAAUCGUACAAUGUGUUUUUGAGGUCACCAGAUAGUCUUGCUUCUGUGUUUCUGCUCAUCAGGGUGAGAAGGGUUUUGACCUCGAGGAUAAGGAACCAAAACCACAAAGAAGGAAAUGGUCCUCCCUCGUACUCCUCCUCAGGCUGGAGAAAUGCAACCUCAUCAAGGUCGCCGUCAUGUGAUCUGGAAAGUGUUCAGAUGUGAAAGCCACAUAGCAGUGUGGAGCGCUGUCAUUCAGCAGGUGAAACACGUUGGGGUGCCCAGACUGAACAGCAUGUUUCUGCUCGGCUAUUCUGGAUUUCUGUGGGCCAGUCUCCUCCUGAGCGGGCUGUUGGACUGCGUGUCUGCGAGCAGCGUUCAGGUCACCGUGGGGUCGGACGCCACCCUGCCAUGCACUUAUGAUGUUCGAUCUAAUGGGAAGCAGCAUACAUGCUGGGGCCGAGGGCCCGUCCCCAGCAGCGGCUGUGCCAGUCAGAUCAUCAUGGCUGACGGGACCGGGGUCACCGAGAGGACCUCCGGACGCUACAGGCUACUGGGACAAGUGGAUCAGGGCGACACCUCGCUGACCAUACAGCAAGUGCUGGAGAGCGACUCUGGGGUGUACGGCUGUCGUGUCAUGAUCCCUGGCUGGUUUAAUGACAUCAAGAAAGACGUGACCCUGAGGGUGGUGCCAGGGCCUCCUCGUCCUCUGAAGGUGGAGGUGAUCGAGGUGCGAGAGAAGACCCUGACCAUUCACUGGAGCUCAUCCUUUAAUGGCGGCCGUCCCAUCACCUCGUACAGGAUCGAGUGCAAAGACGGACAAGCCUCCUGGGACACCGCUGUGCGGACCGAAGUCUACAGCCCUGAGCAGACUCAGCUCAUUCUGGUGGACCUGCUGCCGGCCAGGAGCUACAGUCUCCGCAUGUUUGCUGCGAAUGUUGUGGGCAGCAGUGGCGCCAGCAACACUCUGACCUUCACUACCAGAGAAGCAGCACCGGGCGGUCCACCCCUGGACGUGCAGCUACAGGCUCUUUCAACACAAAGCAUGCGGGUCACCUGGAAGCCUCCGAGAGCUGAGCUCAGAAACGGGAAUCUGCUGACUUACAAGAUCAGCUACCGAGAGUCCCACAAGAUUGGCCGACGCUGGACUGACCACGUUUAUCCUGCGAACUCGCCACAGAGCUUGGAGCUGACUGGACUGAAGCCGUCCACAGAGUACUCUGUGAUGGUGCAGGCUGGAACUAAAGUUGGCCUUGGACCUGCAUCACUCCCUCAGACCUGUUCUACUUUUGAAGAGCUGGUGACUAAACUUCCACCCUCAGAGACGGUUUGGGACUCCACAACUCUCAGCUCUGUGUCUGAGCUUACUGAGAGCACAACACUCUGGGGAACAACUGUCACAACUCUUUCGCCAGACCGCCCUGACCCUCCUGUGCUGGUCUUGAAAGAGGUAGAUGAAUUCACCAUCUCCCUUGCGUGGACCCCAGGAUUCCAGGGUAGCAGCGCCAUCAUUUCCUACACCCUCGAGUACAAACCAUUGGAUGCUACUUGGAAUUCCACCAAGAUAGGGAUACAGUUCAAGCCCACUGAGACCAUGACCACCAUACUGGAGAACACCCCGUCAACCUACAAUAUCAGGAUGUUUUCCACAAACAGCCAUGGAACCAGUGAAGCCAGCAACGUCCUCACUGUCACCACUGGUCAUCAUGAGAGCGGCGUCACUACUACAGUCACUACCAACAACAGCGCCUCUAUGGGCGCAGAGGACGAGGAGGGUGUCAACAUGGCAGCCAUUGUGGUCCCGGUCGUGCUGGUGCUGCUGGUGGUGACUGCAGCCAUCGCCUGGCUCUUCAGAUUUAAACAGAAGCACGGCCACUUGAACAUCAGGUUGAUGGUCAGAGGACCGGAACACUACAAGGGAUCAGAACUGGAGUCCAUGCAGGAGCUGUGAAGCUGACAUGUAAACUACUUCACUAUCAGGAGUGAACUUAAAAGUAAAAAAGUUUCUUGACCUUAUGCUCUAAAUGCUGUAAAAAUCUGUUUCAAAGCCUUAAGGUGUGAAGAGUUUGUAAAUGAUAUACAAUUGCUUGACUGUGACACUUGUUUUUCAUGAAAAUAAAGUUCAAUAAAGUAGUUGCGCUGAGAA